AUGGCAGCGCAGCUAAAUGCCACGCCCUUUCGCCUGCCCGUUGCAGUGCCCCCAGCGUGGCUAGUGGAGCCAGCCAGUGCCAGCGUGGCCCUCGGCGGCGUCGUGGCACUCCACUGCCUGGCCAAGGGCUUCCCCACCGCUGUCGUUCGAGCCUCCGGAGAGUUCGCGGGCGUCGCCACCGGGGAGGGGGGCGUGGCCGGCUUCGAGAACGGCACUCUGCUGGUGAGUCGAGCCGAGCGCCGCCACGAAGGCCGCUACCUGUGCGAGGCCAACAACGACGUCGGGGCUGGCCUGUCGAAGGUCGUGACCCUCAGCGUCAACGAGCCGCCCUGGUUCGCCGUCAGGAGCCAGCGCCAGCAGGUGGUGGUCGGAGCCACGGCGUCGCUCACCUGCGAGGCGCACGGGGACAUCCCGCUGAAGCUGCUGUGGACGAGGGACGGCGCCCCCCUGCCCGCGCUGCCCAGAUAUGAGUUAUCGGAUCGCGAAGUUGACACAGGUCAGGUCAGUGAAUUGGUGCUGAGGUCAACGCACGUCGGGGACUCAGGAACCUACGUCUGCACUGCCACCAACACCCACGGCUCCCUCACCGCAGACUUCACCUCCUCGUGCAGAAUGACUUUAACCUCUAUUUGCCCCCCUCUCGGCCACUCUCCAGACGUCCCGGACCGCCUUCGGGAGUGGGCGUGGUCGAGGAGGGCGCCCGCCACUGACCCUGACGUGACGCCCCCAGAGGACUCCAACGCCCCAAUCUCCGCCUACAUUGUCACAUUCACCGCCCACGACAGCCAGCAGCCACCAGACGGUAUCUUCAGCGGCCCGCGUGAGGUGACGGUGGAGGGCGACCAACGACGCGUCAGGAUCGAGGGCCUCCUGCCGUCCACGACCUACGAGUUCAACGUCGUCGCCGAGAAUCGCGUGGGGCGCAGCCAGUCCUCGUCCCCCCUCAGGUUCAAGACGCAGGAGGAGGCGCCUUCGGGACACCCUCAGAACGUUAGGGUGGUGCCAGUGUCGUCCACAGCGCUUCAGGUGAGCUGGGAGCCGCCACCUGAGAACCUGACACAUGGGACUAUCCUGGGCUACUACCUGGGCUACAAAGACGACAGCGAGAGCGAAGGUGGGGCUUAUAACUUCACAACCGUGGGCGUCGACGGUGCGGGCGUGACUACAGCGACCUUGGCAGGAUUACGCCCGCACGCCCGCUAUUCUGUGGUGCUACAAGCCUUCAAUUCUCGCGGCGCCGGACCAGCCUCUCCACCGGCUCUUGGAACCACCCUCGAGGACAAGCCUGGAGCGGCACCGGGUCACGUGACCUGCGAAACGGUGACGUCAACGAGCCUCGUGGUCACGUGGUCUCCCCCUCCCCCAAGGCAUACCAAUGGCAUUAUUACUAGUUAUCGGGUUUCUUACUCUCAGCUCUCGUCUCACGAGGACGGGCGGAGCGGCAGCGUGGUGUCGGAGGGCCUGAGGGCGACGCUGGCGGGGCUUCGGCCUUGGACCAACUACAGCGUGAGCGUCGCCGCCUCCACCAGGGCCGGCGAGGGGCUGGCCUCCCUGCCGCUCGUCUGCACCACCGACCAGGACGUUCCCGAGGCCCCCGCCCGCGUCAAGGCCGUCGUGUCCGGCCCGCGAGCUGCCGUGGUGUCGUGGGCGCCGCCCGCAAGUCCCCGCGGCCGCAUCACCAGGUACACAGUCCACUGGGCGUCCGCGGGCAGUCGCAGCGCCCCGCACACUCGCCGCGUCAGCCCGCACUUCACUCACCUCACUUUACACGACCUCUCGCACACGGCGCACGAGGUCUGGGUCACGGCUUCCACGAGGAUAGGUGAAGGACCUCGAAGCAGCGUUGCAAUGGUAACUCCUUCUCACACAGUGGGCGCGGGGAUAUGGGCUGUGGGCGGGAACCUGACGGCGGCGUGGAAGGAGGACGUGAGUUUACCCUGCGGUGCCGUCGGAGUGCCAGAGCCAGUUCUCAAGUGGAGUCACGAGCGAUUGGAAAUUCCAGACACGCAUCCCAGGUUCACUGUACAACCCGACGGUACACUGACACUAACGGACAUACAGCGCAGUGACAGCGGCCGUUAUACGUGUACCGCUUCGAACCACCACGGCGACGACUCCGUUACUUACAACCUUACUGUUCUUGUUCCUCCUUCAGCGCCUUCUCUCCACGUGACGGAAACGACGGCCUCUUCCAUAAGAGUGCAGUGGAGCGUUGAGGACACGGGUGGGGCGCCUCUACAGGGGGCGACCCUACACUACAGGUCAGCCGGCGGGGAGUGGAUGACGGCAGAGGUCGAGGGAUCGCAUCGAGCCAUAGCCUUACCACCAAGGGCCUUCGCUGUGGCACCCUCCACCAUUUCUAUCUGACGGCACAUAAU